AUGGCAAAAGGAAAACCAAAAAGAGGUAGCAACCUAGGAAAGCAAUUGAUUAAAUCAAAAUAUAAGAAACAUACUUUGAAUAAAGAAACACUUGGUAUGUACACAACUGAUAUAGAUGCAAGAGAAGAAAGAAAGAAACAAUUUGCAUCACAGACAGACAGUGGAAAUAUGUUGGAUCAAUUCAUUGAACAAUCAGAGAUGGAACAAAAGGUAUUCGAAGCAGAGAAACAAAACGUCGUCGUCUUGUUAAAGACAUCGUCGACCGUCAUGACACAAGAAGAACGUACACAGAGAACACUCGAACAUCAACAAGUGAUGGAAAAGAACAAGUUGUUUUGGAACUCUCUCACUAUUCCUCGUCGUCCCUAUUGGGAUGAAACUACAACCACCGAAGAAUUAUUAUUAAAUGAAAAGGAAUCAUUCUAUAAUUGGAGAAAGGGUUUGGCAAAAUUGGAAGAAGAAGAAGGAUUAAUUGUAACACCAUAUGAAAAGAAUCCAGAAAUACUUUUCGGCACACAAGGAGCAGGUGCGUAUCGACAAGAAGAAGCAGAUUGA